UUGUUUUCGGUUUAUAGAUGUCAUGGUGUUGAGCACAAAAUGGCGGGUACAGCAGGCAGAAGCAGUCCAGAAUGGGUUCGUCCCAACAUGUCAGAAAAACCACUGCAAGGAAUUUCUGUCUCCAGUCCCUCAUUCAGACGGAUUGUGCUUCUGGGUAAAAUUGGUGCUGGGAAAAGUGCAUCUGGAAACACAAUACUGGGACAGAAAAAGUUCAGAUCUGAGAUGAGUAUGAGUUCAGUAACCCGUGAAUGUUCAGAAGCUCACGCCACUGUUUCAGGCAGAUCUGUGUCUGUAGUUGAUACUCCUGGAUUCUUUGACACACAGAUGAACCCUGAAGAGUUAGCUGAAGAGGUAGAGAGAUGCGUUUAUUUAUCCAGUCCUGGACCUCAUGCUUUUCUCAUUGUGUUUCCUGUGAUUAUGAGAUUCACUGAGAUGGAGAAGCAGAUUCCUCAGAUGACUGAGAUGAUCUUUGGUGAGGGAGUGUUAAAAUAUUCCAUCAUUCUCUUCUCUUAUGGAGAUUGGAUAGAUGAGCCCAUAGAGGAACUCAUUAAGGAGAACAGUAGAUUAAGAGAUCUAGUUGAUCAGUGUGGAGGCAGAUUUCACAUCUUCAACAAUAAAGAUCAGAAUAACAGAGAUCAGGUGAAUGAUCUACUGCAGAAGAUUGACACAAUGAUAGAGAAGAAUGGAGGACACUACAGUAAUCAGAUGUUUGAAGAUGCUCUGAGAUUCAGACAAGAAGAAGAAGAGAUUAGACGGAGUGUAGAAGAGAAGAGAAAAAAACAAGAAAAAGGUUGUGAAAUAAAAAUGGAGGAAACAAUCUUAAUGCCGAAAGUGUGCUUGCAUUUGGUCUUGCUGGGAAGAACUGGAGCUGGGAAAAGUUCAACAGGAAACACAAUACUGGGACGCCAAGCCUUUAUUAUAACGGAAACCUACAAAUCUGUCACUCGAGAUGUUGCUGCUGAAGUCGGUGAUAUUUGUGGAUUCGCAGUCACUGUUUAUGACACACCAGGAUUUUCUGGUACAGAGAGUAAGGAACAGCUUGAGAAAUAUCAGGAGGUUCUGCAGAAAUGUGGAUCAGGCCUGUGUGCUUUUCUCCUGAUUCUUCAGUCAGACAUAUUCACUCAAGAAGAUCAGAAAAUUGUGGAGAAGAUUGAGGAACUGUUGAUAGAAAAAUACCUUAAUAAAACCUGGAUUCUUUUCACCAGAGGCGAUCAACUGGAGAAAGAAAAUAAGAAGAUAAACAAAGUCAUUAAUGAGACUGAAAGCUUGAAGAAACUUACUCAGAAAUAUGAGGGCAGAUGGCACAUGUUCAACAACAAGACAAAAGGACAGAGCGACCAGGUGAAAUCUCUGAUAGCGAAAGUUUUCCAGAACAACUUCAAGAACUUUUCCAAAAAACCUUGGCAAAGUAUUCCCAUCAACAUCCACGACAUCUCUGCUGACAGUCUUUCAUUCAUAAGGAUUGUUCUUCUGGGUAAAAGAGGUACUGGGAAGAGUGCAGCUGGAAACACAAUACUGGGACAGAAAGUGUUUGAAUCUUCAGUUUGCUCAAAUACAGUAACCCGUGAAUGCUCAGAGAGACACGCCACUGUUUCAGGCAGAUCUGUGUCUGUAGUUGAUACUCCUGGAUUCUUUGACACGCAGAUGAACCCUGAAGAGUUAAUGAUGGAGAUUGCCAAAAGUGCUUAUUUGUCCAGUCCUGGACCUCAUGCUUUUUUCAUUGUGUUCAAUGUUAAUAUGAGGAUCACUGAGCAGGAAGAAAAAAUUCCUCAUAUGAUUGAGAUAUUGUUUGGUCAGGAGGUGUUAAAAUACUCCAUCAUUCUCUUCACUCAUGGAGAUCAGCUGAAAGGAGAAUCCAUGGGUCAAGUCUUUGAGAAAAACGGUGCAUUAAGACGUCUAGUUGAUCAGUGUGGAGGCAGAUUUCAUGUCUUCAACAAUAAAGAUCAGAAUAACAGAGAGCAGGUGAAUGAUCUACAGCAGAAGACUGACACAAUGAUAGAGCAGAAUGGAGGAGGACACUACAGUAAUCAGAUGUUUGAAGAUGCUUGGAGAUUCAGACAAGAGGAAAGAGAGGGGAGACAGAGAGAGGAAAAGGAGAGACAGAAAGAGGAUGAGAGGAGACGGAGAGAGGAUGAGAGGAGACAGGAAGAGAUGAAACGGAGAGAAGAAAUCAAGAGGACACAGAAAGAGGAAAGAGAGAGGACACUGAGAGAGGAAGAGCAGAGACAGAGGGAGUAUGAGAGGAGACAGAGAGAAGAGAAGAGAAAAGCACAAGGGAUAUUUAGUAAAGUUCUUAUCUUUGGUGCUGCUUGUGCUGGAGCUGUUGUUGCUGCACCUGUUGGUGCUGUUCUUGCUGGAGCUGCUGGUGUUACGGCUGCUGUUGGAGCUGUUGCUGGAGCUGUUGGUGUUACGGCUGCUGUUAGAGCUGUUGCUGGAGCUGCUGGCACACAGAGGAGACAGGAAGAGGAAGAGGAGCAAAGACAACAGGAGAAAAAUGAAGAAGAGCAGAACUUGAGAACGUAAAAAUGAGACCAUAAUGUCUGUCAGAUGGAUUGAAGUCUGCCAGAAUGAAAAUGGAAAACCGGAGGCAAGAAGGAACACCCAAGGCAAACGAACUGGUAGUCCCACAAGUCUUUAUAGAAGGUUCGCACAAUAACAACACUCUUCACAUACGUGUAAAAGAGCGAGUAUAAAACAGGAAAAGAAAGCACUCUGAUAAACACUACCAAUCAAAGUGAAAAAGAAACAUUAGUACACUAACAGCAGUCAGCAGUAGAGCAUCCGUCUCUCUUCACUCAAGCAUUCUCUCUAUCUGUGCGUGCACGUGCAAACAAUAACGUACGCCAUAGAAGAAGUCAUUUUAAGCCUUGUUUCCACCACUUUCCCCAGGAACUAGGGACUUUGGAGUGAUACUCUGUGUGUUUCGACCGCAGAAACCAGUGUCUAAAUGAAUUUCCACAUAAAAAAUUCACCCUUAGAAAGUCCCUGCUCAUGAGGUAGUACUUUUCCCACGUUCAGGAACUUUCGGGGGUGGGACUUGGGUGCUGAACAUGCUGAUUGGUUGAGUUCACGCAGCAUUUCAUUUCAACAACCAUUUUUAAAAGUUUGUUGUGGUGCGUGCAGUAAGAGUCAUUUGCUAUUCGAAUCAACAAUGAAGUUUUAAAAAACAUGACUGACAGACUGAAGAUGAGGUUCAGGCUUUAUUAAGGUUAUAUGCGGAGGGCGAAAUCCAGCCGGAACUGAAAAGUUUUGUGCAGUCCUACACCCCCGGACUUAAUCUUCAUGUACUUUAGACCGCGAUGGAAACGCAGACAGCAACAAGUCUACUGUUCAUGUCAUGAACAGUGUUUAACAUUAGGUGGUCGUUACAAGGCAUAGUUAUAAAAAAGUUAAAAAAUGAAAUAGAGAAGAAUAAAAGAGAGGGAGAGAGAAAGAGAGAAAACAGAUGGAAGAAGGAAGGACCAUGCAGAGUAACAAAGCUUUUACCAACAUUGACAACAGCUGAUAACGUCAGCCUGAGAGAAACACAUCUUCGUUUAACAUGGUGUUUGCUGGGAUUAUCAUCAUUAUUGUAGUGAUUUCACUUUUGCUCAUCUCAGGACACUAAUUAAUGUAGUGAUUGUUACUUGGGUCACCGCUGAUGUCAAUUAAGGUGUGGUUAUGAGUACAUCUGAUGACCACUUCCCCCCUUCUCCUAGUUAAGGGCACAAUAUACAACAAUGCCAAGGUCUUUGGAAAAAGGUUUGGUUCAGUGAUAUUUAUGUUCCACGUGGUUGAGUCCGAUGACAGUGACAUCUUCCACUGGUUGUGCUGGGUGACAAUACAGUGGGAAAAGGAGCUGGAAUCUGUUUCAACAGCCUUGAACACGAAGCUCUGUGAUCUGUACUUUGUUGGGUUGUACUGCAUUGCUGUUUUCUUUCACUUUUGUAUUGUUUGGCUACACACACUGUUUGCAGUUAAAUAAAACAGACUGCCCUGUUCCAGCUGCUACUACUAUGAUGAUAUGAAAUUAAAUAGUAUAGAUGAAAUUAUUGUGAUGUCAAUUAACAUAAAAUAUAAAAUAAUUAUUAAAUUUCAUCAAGUAAAUGUUGACUAAUUCUGAGUAAGUAACACCAUUUUACUUAAACAAGAAAAAAUAAAGGGAAAACUUUAUGGACUUGUCGACUUUGUUUGCAGUGGAAAUGGCCCUGAGAAGCACACAAGGCAAUCGAGAUCAAAAAUCUUCUGUCAGAAAUGAGCUUGAGCACAGUGUCACAACUGUACUUUACUUUCACUUUCACUUUUGAAUCAUGUGACGCUGUUUCUCACCGGAAGGGGCCGCUGUUACUGAUUCAAAAUGAUUACAAUGAUUAUUGCCAUAUAAAUGAAUAAACAGUUUUACAUGACAAUUAAAAAAUGUAUUUCAUUUUUUUUUUUUUUUUUUUUCAAAUUUAUUUUUUUUAAUAGACACCUAAACCUUAA